AGCGAGUCGUCAUGGUCAGUAUCCAUGAUUUUGACCAGUGCAAAGAUGGGUGGCCUAUACGGCCUAGCUGCCAGCGGCUCAUCGGGUUUGGCGUCUAUACAAGCCUCGCCAUAUUGAACCUUAUUGUGGCCAGCUUGCCAAGGACAGGGUUUCACUAUCAGAGAGUUGGCAUGCUUCCUGUCCCUUUCUUGACUGCGGCCGUUUGCAAAUUCGUACUGAUUGCUGUUUCUAUAUCAUUCAUAUUUUAUUCGUUCUACGUUCAUCAGUACACUCAUACCUUGAUGGCUUUCUCAGUCGCCAGAGUGGUAUUCUGGAUCAUAAAUUUGUGUUCUUUUAUCAAAUGGCGAGAUUUGUCAUACUUUCCUGCAUCAUUGGCGCUAACAUACUCGUUAGCAGUAAUUUUUGAUCUGAUUCCGAUGUUUGCAUGGAAUGAAUACUUCACUACCAAGACCUACAAAAAUGGAGAGUUUGUAUUUUAUCUCAUGGAUUUAGUUCCUACUUUGAUUCUAUUCGUGUCUACCAUGUGUUUGUCAACUCUUCGCACCGAGUCUCAAUCGACAUGGUCAAACUUCUCUCACAAAGUGUCUUUGAUCUUACCAUAUGUAUGGCCGAAGAAGAGUAUCGCUCUCCAGCUCCGUGUGGCCUUUUGUCUCCUCUUACUUUUGUUUGGUCGCCUUAUAAACGUCGCUCUUCCUUUGUAUAGUAAAUGGAUAGUUGAUGGACUUGCAAACCCAGCGACUUUCAAGUACUCCCUCAUCUACAUAUCAACAUUUCUGAAGUUUCUGCAAGGCAAUGGAGCUAUGGGUGGCUUUCUUAAUACUAUGCGAUCGUAUGUGUGGAUCCCAGUACAGCAGUAUACCACUCGAGAACUGGAGGUAGAAUUAUUCGCGCACCUGCAUUCCUUGUCUCUCAGAUGGCAUCUAUCGCGUAAAACUGGGCUUGUGCUGCGCGUUAUGGAUAGGGGCACCAGCUCUGUGAAUAGUAUACUGAACUACAUCCUGUUCAAUAUUGUUCCGACUCUCACUGAUAUAGCAAUCGCUGUGGUCUUUUUCUUCUCUACAUUCAAUUUCUACUUUGGAGGAAUAGUAUUGGUAACAAUGGCGCUGUAUCUGGUUGUUACCAUCUAUGUCACUGAAUGGCGCACAAAAUUCCGUCGAGACAUGAAUGAGAAGGAGAACGCCAGCAGUGCCAUAGCUACCGAUUCCUUGCUCAACUAUGAGACAGUGAAGUAUUAUGGUAAUGAAAUGUUUGAAGUGGACAGAUUCCGACAUGCUAUAGAAUGCUUCCAGCUCGCUGAGUGGCGUUCAAAUGCUUCUCUAGCUCUCUUGAAUUUUCUGCAGAAUGGAAUUAUCGGGCUAGGAAUGACAGCUGGCUCUGUGCUGGUCGCGUACUUGAUUACUGUGGAUAAGGAGCUGACUGUUGGAGAUUACGUUCUAUUCACUACGUACAUUCUCCAGCUAUAUGCACCGCUCAAUUUCUUUGGAACGGUAUACAGAACAAUCCAAAAAUCAUUCAUCGAUAUGGAAAAUAUGUUCGAUCUGAUGAAUGAAGAUGUUGAUGUGCGUGACAGUCCUAAUGCUAUCGAAUAUAAUCCAACGGAGGGCAAAAUCUCAGUGCACAACCUAGUUUUUGGCUAUAGCGAGAAUCGCAUUGUGCUGAAUGGAAUAUCGUUUGAUGUUGGGGGUGGACAAUCUGUUGCAUUGGUCGGCCCGUCUGGAAGUGGAAAAAGCACAUUGAUUAGGCUGCUCUUUCGACUUUUCGAAUGCCCUGAAGGCAGCGUUUCGUAUGACGGUUUGGAUGUGAGAAGUCUAAAGCUGCGAUCUUUGCGUCAACAAAUUGGAAUUGUGCCACAAGACACUGUGCUGUUUAAUGAUACUAUAAAGUAUAAUAUUCGAUUUGGCCGUCCGACGGCUACCGACGAAGAGAUCUACGAUGCUGCAAGAGCUGCCAUGAUUCAUGAUAAGAUCAUGUCUCUUCCAGAUGGCUAUGACACCCUUGUAGGGGAACGAGGUUUGAAGCUGUCAGGUGGUGAGAAGCAGCGCGUUGCUAUUGCUCGAACAAUAUUGAAAAAGCCACAGUUUAUCUUUUUGGAUGAGGCUACAUCCGCUCUAGACACCAAUACUGAGCGUGCAAUACAACGAUGUCUAGAAGAACUAUGUGCCACUCGGACCGGGGUAGUCGUAGCGCAUCGAUUAAGUACAGUAGUUAACGUUGACUGUAUACUGGUACUGGACAAGGGUCGAAUUAUAGAGCGGGGGAGCCAUUCUGACUUGAUAGCUGCGAAAGGCGUUUACUACCAAAUGUGGGAGAGUCAAAAUGCAAACUCAAAUGGAAAUGGAAACGGGAACGGAAGCGAUGAUGCUGCAUCCACAUGACAUUUACUUAGUUAGCUGUUGAGACUUAACUAUAUAUAAUAUAUUUUGUUGUUAUUGUAUUUGUUAUUAAUUUGUAGUUCUAGCGCAUUGCGGUUUGUACAGGUUAUGUAUACUUAUAAGUUUCAGUUCUUUCUUGCACUCAGUUUUCGAUUUUCAAGGAGAAAUGAUUUCUAUAGCUGUGCUCUAUAGCGCUGACAAGGUGUUUGUGAUUGUUGCAU